AUGUCUCGUAUCAUUGUGAAGGGCCUGCCGAUAUAUCUGGAGGAUGAGAAGCUCAAGGAGCAUUUCUUGAAGAGAGUGAUUGAAAAGCAUGGAAGUAGCAGGAAUGCAGAGGAGUGCAUUACAGACGUCAAGAUUCUGCGGAAUAGAGAUGGGAAGAGUAGGAGGUUUGCUUUUGUUGGAUACCGGUCCGAGGAAGAUGCGUUUGAUGCAGUGAACUACUUUGACGGUUCUUUCAUUAACACGUCGAGGAUCGAGGUCGCGAUGGCGAAGAGCUUUGCGGACCCUGGUGUGCCCAAGUCGAUGAGGGAGAAGAGGAGGGAGGCGUUGAAGAGACUCAGAGAGCAGGAGGAGAAGCUGGCGGGCGAGAAACAGGGGAAAAGGGCGAAAAGCGACGGCGAGAAGAAGAAGGAGCGGUCGAUAGAUGCGGAGAUUGAAAAGGACAGGCGGCUGAAGGAGUUCAUCGAGACCAUGAAGCCUUCGGCGCAGGUGGCUUCCUGGGAGAAUGCCGGCGUGGGGUCGGCGGCCGCGGAGGACACCGAGGCGCCCGGGAACUCGCUGCUGGCCCAGGCGCUGGCUCUUAAGGACGAGAGCGAGCACGACAGCGACGAUGAGUAUGUGGAUUUUGGAAAGAAGCGUGAAGCAGAGGAGGAGGCAGCAGCACAGCCCGCUGAGGCGCCGGAAGACAGCGGACCGGGCGUUCCGGCGGGUGAGCAGAAUGAUAAUGACGACAACCUGGCGAGAGACGAGAACAUAUCAGACCUGGACUGGUUUAAGCAACGGCGUGUCAGGAUAAAGGAGGGCGGAGCGCAAUUGGCUCAGGCUUCCGAACCAAUGGAAGAAGAGGCCGUGAAGGAGGAUUCCAAGGAGGAUAUUGCGGAGGAAGAAGCCGUCAAAAGCUCGGAGGACAAGAUGGUGGAACAAAUCUACCGCACUGGUAGACUGUUCUUGCGUAAUAUCCUUUACACGUCAACGGAGGACGAUUUUAAGCAACUUUUCAGUCCGUUCGGGGAGUUAGACGAAGUGCAUAUCGCAUUAGACACAAGAACUGGUAAGUCCAAGGGAUUUGCGUACGUUCUGUUCAAGAACCCUCAGGAUGCCGUUGAAGCUUUCAUAGCCUUGGACAAGCAGAUCUUCCAGGGCAGACUGCUGCAUAUAUUGCCGGCAGAGGCAAAGAAAGACCAUCGUUUGGACGAGUUCGAUCUCAAGAAUAUGCCACUCAAAAAACAAAGAGAACUGAAGAGAAAGGCUGCAGCAUCCAAACAAUCCUUUGCUUGGAACUCUUUGUACAUGAACCAGGAUGCAGUCUUGGGAAGCGUAGCGGCUAAGUUGGGAUUGCAAAAGUCUCAGCUUAUCGACCCAGAGAAUUCCAGUUCGGCCGUCAAGCAAGCUCUGGCUGAAGCCCAUGUCAUAGGAGAUGUCAGAAAGUAUUUCGAAUCGAAAGGUGUGGACCUGACAAAGUUCGGCCAACUGAAGAAUGAAAGCCAGAGGGACAAUCGUGUCAUUUUGGUGAAGAAUUUUCCUUACGGAACUACUGUCGAAGAACUGGGUGAUCUGUUUCUGCCUUUUGGUAAACUAGAAAGAUUCCUAAUGCCACCAGCAGGAACCAUUGCUAUCAUUCAAUACAGAGACGUCACUGCCGCGAGAGCGGCUUUCACGAAGCUUGCUUAUAAAAGAUUCAAAGAUGGAAUCAUUUAUUUGGAAAUGGGCCCUAAAGAGUGUUUCACGAGGGAGGCGCAAAGCGAUGAAACCUUAGAGUCUCAUGGCGAAAGCGCUCAUGUUAACAUAACAGAAGUUGGUCCAACAUCGCACGAUCUCAUGCAAACUGCAGGUGCAACUGAAUCGAAGCUAGAAAAUCAGGAAGAUGAGUCUAUCGAUGGGCCUACCGUGUCAAUAUUUAUCAAGAAUUUGAACUUCUCCACAACCUCUGUUCAGUUGACUGAGCUAUUUCGGUCAUUUAAUGGCUUCAUCGUGGCUCAAGUGAAGACAAAACCUGACCCCAAAGAUAAGAAUAAAACGCUGUCAAUGGGGUUUGGCUUUGCUGAGUUCAAAACAAAGGAGCAAGCAUUGGCUGUAAUUUCAGCCAUAGACGGCACAGUGCUCGAUGGACAUAAAUUGCAGUUGAAGAUUUCUCACAGAACUGGAACGACCGAUAACAUCCAAAAGAGCAAGAGCAAGAAAAGUGGUAAGAUCAUUGUCAAGAAUUUACCAUUUGAAGCGACCAGAAAAGAUAUCUUUGAGCUAUUCAGCUCUUUUGGUCAUUUAAAAUCCGUACGAGUCCCGAAGAAAUUCGAUAAAUCGGCAAGAGGUUUUGCCUUUGUUGAAUUUCUUCUACCUAAGGAGGCUGAGAAUGCUAUGGAUCAGUUACAGGGCGUUCAUUUACUUGGUCGCCGUCUUGUUAUGCAAUUCGCUCAGCAGGAUGCUCAAAAUGCGGAAGAUGAAAUCGCCAGAAUGACUAAGAAAGUCAAGAAGCAAGUUGCAACGAGGGAAUUGGCGGCAAUCAGGAACAGUGGAGGUAGAAGAAAGUUGGACUUGGAAAACGGCGAGGGUGAUGAUAUGAACGGUUUAUAA